AUGUGGCAAGUGCGGCGCCGGCGGCGGCGGCCCACCUUGAGUGAGCAGGUUCACCGGCUGAUCCCGCCGCGCGCCUCUGCGCUCAGUUCUCGCCAGUCGAGUCGAGUGAGCGCUCCGACAGCGAAUAUGGCUGGCCCGAAGACGGUGUGCUUGUGCGCGUGUGUUAUUUUGUUUACUGUAGCGGCUGAGGCCGCCCUCUCUGGGUUGUAUAUCGACAAUGGCGUGGAUCAAACUGUCAUACAUCACUCGAUGACAAGACAUGAACGGAUGGUGGUAGAACAUGAGAUACUAGAACUUUUAGGUCUUGGAGAGAGGCCACGUCGAGCUCGAGCGCCUCCUCUGGACCGUUCGGCGCCCAGUUUCUUGUUGGACGUUUACAAGCAGCUUGCUGAAGAACAUGAACAGGCUCGCCCUACUCGUAGCUCGGAGAUGGCUCUUAGCGGUGAUGAGCAGCAUGCCAUUGACGAGAGUGACCUCAUCAUGACCUUUCAAAGCAAGAGGCAUCAUUUGGGAGCAUUACGUCACGGUCACGGCCGACAUGUCUGGUUCGAAGUGACGGGAGCGCCUGGAGAUGCGUCUUCGCUUCUUUCGGCGGAACUGCGUUUACAUCAAGCGCCUACACACACAGAGGACCCAACCGCCCUUUACACAGUCGUUGCUCACAGGGUCAUCAGCGUGGAUAAUUUAGGGAGUUUGCAAAUGGAGAAGGUGGCCGCGGUGAACACGAGUGCUGGUGCCGAGGGCUGGUUGGAGCUAAACGUCACGAGUGCGCUGGGGGCGUGGCUCUCAUCACCAGCAGAUAAUCGAGGCUUCUUUAUCACGCUGCAUCCCCACUCGCAGCCAGAACGUCACGUAAAGCCUGAAGAGAUUGGUUUGGAGGAACCUCGUGGGGUUAUUGUUGAGGGAAAGCAGCCGUUCGUAGUGGCAUUUUUUAAGAGCGGACCAAAGCUUGCUGGCGCUGACGUAGGCGCUCGGAGGAAACGUGAGGCGAGGCGGUGGCGCUCCCACGGAUAUUCCGAGAACUACCUUAGGAAUCCACUUACAGAUACAUCUCAUUGGACUACAAGAAGCUGUGAGAUCCAGACAUUGUAUGUCAGUUUUAAGGACUUAGAAUGGCAGGACUGGAUCAUAGCUCCGGAUGGUUACGGUGCGUUCUACUGCAGCGGUGAGUGCAACUUCCCUCUGAACGCGCACAAGAAUGCAACAAAUCACGCCAUCGUACAAACCCUUGUACAUCUACUAAAUCCUACGAAGGUUCCGAAGCCAUCGUGUGCACCGAUCAAGUUGUCACCGAUAUCAGUGUUGUACUACACGGAUGACUCCAACGUGAUCUUGCGCAAAUACAAAAACAUGGUAGUCAAGAGCUGCGGCUGCCACUGAUUAAGAAAAUACUGUAUUUAACGAAACACUAGUCUCUUAACAUUACGCUUCUAAGUAAAUUUUAGCAGAAGCUGUAGUUUACUCAAUAAUUAGAAUAGGUCUGUAUAUUAUUUAAGCAAACGUUUCGAUUUAUUAAAAUAAAAGAAAUAUAAUUUGCAUCAGUCAAUUAACAAACUUAUCUCGACUGUUAAGUACCGAACCAAGAUAUGUAGAUAGUCUCAAUUUAAAUAAUCGUGACAAAAUGUGAUUUAACAUUAUCGUGUUGGUGCCAAUUGUAUGUAAAGUUCAAAAAAACCUAUAAAAGUUUGUUACCAUCUUUAAUGCGAUUUUUGAAUUAAUAAUGUGAUGUGAACAUUCUAUUGAUCGUGAUAAUAUCAGGCAUAGACAACGUAUAGUCUUUUCUAUUUAUGUCACAGAAACAAGGAAAGAGUUUAAUGUGCAAUAAGACCUUAUUGCUUGGAUACAAAAUUAACAUUUUUAUAACUGUAAACAUUAAUUCACUCAUGCUUCCAAAAAGUCGGAACGUUGUUUUGUAUUCUGUUUUAAUUUGAAUCAUUUCAAGCUAUUCAUGAUUGUACUCUUUUAUUAUGUAUUUUAAAUAUGUACCUGUAAACGUUUAAUAUGAAAGAACUGAUCUAGUGUUUUAGUGAUUAAUAUGUAGAUCUGUUAUUUUUGUAAAAAUAUAAAAUGAAAUUAACGUUUAUACUUAGCGACAUAUUAUUAUUAUGCUUAAUUAAUAUAUUAUAUUGCUUUAAUUAACUUUUAUUACUUACGAAAGAAUGAUUAAAGAACUUUGUCAUCGUAGUUGUAACACACAAAAAUAUACUUAAUUACACAUACUUACACCUUGGCCUGUUGCUGUAAUUCUAUAAAAACUCCGUCCUUUUCUUUUCUGGUUGGAUUUUAAAGUAUACUAUUUUUUGUUUUCUGGUUUUUGUUUCAGUGAAAGUUGUUUUCACUUCUCGAACAAAAAUCGGAUUAUUUAUGAAUAUACGAUAUGUAUGUACUAUAUGUUUUUACUUAGUCGGAAUCCUGAUUAUGACUUUGCAAUGUACCUAUUUACUAGUUGGAAAAACACGCAUUGAUGACGUUCAAAGGGGUUGCUGAAAAAAUAUAUUAGCUUUUUAAAAAUUAUUCUUUUGCAUAAAGAUAGAAAGCAUUCUAAUAAAUACGACUCGUAGUAGUACGUCUAAAUUAAUUGAGUUGUUGUCACGCGUUGUCAAAUUAAGUAAUUCUGGCAAAUUAUUUAAUAUACAUAUUAUGUGCACCUCACCCUACUCGUUCGGGAAUAAAAUAUAUUUAUAACUAUAAAAUAAUGUUUAAUGUGUUAUAAUAAUGCCAUCUAUAGUUAAGCAAAUCGAAACAAUUUGUACCUAUCUUAUGUUAGCUGCCUAAGUAAUUUAUGUGCCAAUUCAGUAAGCCAGUUUUUAUGAAUAUUUACAUGUCGUAGCUUUGAUUAUUUUGUACAAUGAAUUUAAG